AUGGCCGAAUACUGGAAAUCCACACCAAAAUACUGGUGCAAAUUCUGCCAAGUCUUCGUGCGCGACACCAAGAUCGAGCGCCAAAACCACGACGCAACCGGGCGCCACCAAUCCGCCAUCCAACGCUCCCUCCGCGACAUCCACCGCACGCGCGAGCGCGAAGACCGCGAGAAACAGCGCGCCAAGGACGAGGUCGCGCGCCUGAACGGACUCACCGGCGCCGGCGCCGGCGGCGCCUCGUCCUCGUCCUCGGCCUCAGCAACGACAGCGACAAGGGCAGGGAAGGCGGCACAACCACAACCAUCGGCGAGAGCGGCGCCGAGCCAGCAAGCCACGGCUGAGGAACGCAAGCGCCAGCUCAAGCAGCUCGCCGACAUGGGCGUCGCCGUGCCCGACGCGUUCCGCGGCGAGAUGGCGCUGGCGGGCGAGUGGCAGACGGUGGCCGUCACGCCGGUCGACGGCGACGCGGCGUCGUCGUCUGAAUACAGAGACGCGAAUCGCGGCGCGGGUGGCGCGUUGCUGAAUGUCGGGGUGAGGAAGCGGAAGGCGGAGGAUGGAGAAGAAGAGGAGGAGGAGGAGGCGGAGGCGCUGCGCGCGUUGUCGAGGGGGGAGAAGAAGCCGGCGAGGAAGGCGGGGUGGGGGAAUAGCUUUAAGGCGUUUCCGGGGGCGAAGGGGGGCGAUCCGGGGGAUGAUAUUGAGGCGUUGCUGGGCGGGGCGAAGAAGGUGAAGACGGAGGUGAAGGCGGAGGAGGGGGAGGGGGAGGCUGCUGGGGAGUCUGGGGUCAAGAAGGAAGAGGAGCAGGAGGAGGAUGGUGAUGGUAUCAAGAAGGAGGCGCGGGGUGAUGGGGAGGGUGGCGAGGCCGAUCCGGUCGGGGCGGAGCCGAAGCUCGCGGAUAUACCGCCAGUGAAGGCGGAGGACGACGAGGGGGAGAAGGAGGGUGCAGGUGCGGCCGCUGGCGGCGUGGUGUUCAAGAAAAGGAAGGGCAAGGCUAUGCGUCAGAAGUGA